ACCAAUCACUGCUGAUUUAAUUAAUCAUGCCUACAUAAUGAAGCCUCCAUAAAAACACAAAGAACUAGGUUCAGACAGCUUAUAUCCCAGACUUCCCUACAGGCAUUUUCUAUUUUCUGUUCUUUAGGAGACCUCGGUGGGGUAAACAUACAGAAAUGUGAUCGCUUCAUUCAACCAAGAGCCUUACCCACAAUUAAAAGAUGUUCAGAUGGAGCUGUACAGGAAUGUGAUGCUGGAGAACUACAGCAACAGAGCACGUUAGAAGAACCUGAUGUUUCCUGACUCCCUUCUCCUUUCUCGGAUCUGCCCUGCUUGGAUAGAGGCCUCUGGAGAGGAGUAAAGAAUGGCUGUUGAAUGUCCACAAGGCACCUGCAAGAAAUGGGACCCACUUGUGCAGUAAAACACCCAUUUGUGCAGCUUAACAAGUAAUUAUAAAGACCCACACUGUGAAUCAAGGUUGAGACCAAGAAAUUAUUUCUGAAAAGAAUAUUUAUGGAAUAGAAUCAUCCUGAUGGGAGAUAAUGGAAAAACUUACAAAACACAGCAUUGAGUGUUCAAGUUUCAGAGGUGACUGGGAAUGUAAAAGCCAGUUUGAGGGAAAACAGGGAUCUCAGGAAGGACAUUUCAGUGAAAUGAUAUUUACUCCUGAAGACAUGCCCACUUUCAGUAUCCAGCACCAGAGAAUUCACACUGAUGAGAAACUCCUUGAAUGUAAGGAAUGUGGGAAGGAUUUUAGUUUUGUAUCAGUCCUUAUUCGACAUCAGCGAAUUCAUACUGGUGAGAAACCUUAUGAAUGUAAAGAAUGUGGCAAGGCCUUUGGUAGUGGUGCAAACCUUGCUUACCAUCAAAGAAUUCAUACUGGUGAGAAGCCUUUUGAAUGUAAAGAAUGUGGAAAGGCCUUUGGUAGUGGCUCAAACCUUACUCACCAUCAGAGAAUUCAUACUGGUGAGAAACCCUAUGAAUGUAAGGAAUGUGGGAAAGCCUUCAGUUUUGGAUCAGGCCUUAUUCGUCAUCAGAUCAUUCACAGUGGUGAAAAGCCUUAUGAGUGUAAGGAAUGUGGGAAGUCCUUUAGUUUCGAAUCAGCCCUUACUCGGCAUUACAGAAUUCACACAGGUGAGAAACCUUAUGAAUGUAUAGAUUGCGGGAAAGCCUUUGGCAGUGGUUCAAACCUUACUCAACAUCGGCGGAUUCAUACUGGUGAGAAACCUUAUGAAUGCAAAGGAUGUGGAAUGGCCUUUAGCAGUGGUUCAGCCCUUACUCGGCACCAGAGAAUUCAUACCGGUGAGAAACCAUAUAUAUGUAAUGAAUGUGGGAAGGCCUUUAGUUUUGGAUCAGCCCUUACUCGACAUCAAAGAAUUCAUACUGGCGAGAAACCUUAUGUAUGUAAGGAAUGUGGGAAGGCUUUUAAUAGUGGCUCAGAUCUCACUCAACAUCAGCGAAUUCACACUGGUGAGAAACCCUAUGAGUGUAAGGAGUGUGAGAAAGCCUUUAGAAGUGGUUCAAAACUUAUUCAGCAUCAAAGAAUGCAUACUGGUGAGAAACCUUAUGUAUGUAAGGAAUGUGGGAAGACGUUUAGUAGUGGUUCAGACCUUACUCAACAUCAUAGAAUUCAUACUGGUGAGAAACCCUAUGAAUGUAAGGAAUGUGGGAAGGCCUUUGGUAGUGGCUCAAAACUUAUCCAUCACCAGCUAAUCCAUACUGGUGAAAGACCCUAUGAAUGUAAAGAAUGUGGAAAGUCCUUUAGUAGUAGCUCAGCUCUUAAUCGGCACCAGAGAAUACACACUGGUGAGAAACCCUAUGAAUGCAGGGAGUGUGGGAAGGCUUUUUGUAGUGGCUCAAGCCUUACUCAACAUCAGAGAAUUCAUACAGGUGAGAAACCUUAUGAAUGUAAGAACUGUGGGAAGGCUUAUGGGAGGGGUUCAGAGUUUCAGCAACAUAAGAAAAGUCAUAAUGGUAUGAAACUGUGAAUUGGAAACUAUAAAUUGAAAUUAUGUGAUGAAAGGACUCUAAACAUAUGACAUAAGAAAAUUCAUAGUGGUGAAAAGCUCUACAAAUAGAACUAAGGUACAAAUGCCUUACUUAUGCUUCACAGGCUAGUCAGUCUAAGAAAAUUUAUACAGGAAAAAAAAAAACUCCAGAUAAAAUCAAUAUUUGAAGAUCCUUAGCUAUAUUCAUUCCUUCAUUACUUUUAGAAAAUUCAUACUUGUGAAUGUUAAAAAUGAAAGAAAAGCAUUUAUUGUAUUUUGCCUCUAUUUUAAACAUUCGUCUUUUUUUAUUAUAUGGAAUUACUGAUUCAUCUCAAAAUUAUUUAUUGCAAGUCUCAAUAUAUCAGUUUUUCUUCUCUGAUUAUCUUUACACCAUUUAUUCAAUAACCUUGUCCAUUUUCAUAUUUUUUAUUGACUAUUUGAUGGUAAGCUAAAUUUUUAUUCACAUUAAGUUUGGAUAUCAGGUCAGUGUUUGUUUUUUAAAUUUACAUAUUUGUAUCUAUGUCUCAUCCUGUUUAUGGUAAAUAAUUGUUACUUUUAAGUAUGCUUUAAUAUCUGAUGAACCUGUACCUUUUAUUUUAGAAGACUAUUUUACUUUCCUUUUAUAAAAUUAUACUCUCCAUUUUGCAAAACAGCUUUCCCUCAUCAUAAUGUAGAUAAGAAGAAAAAAAGCAUAUGGUUAUCUGUAAUCUUGCCAACUAUAGAUAAUCACUGUCGAACUUUUGGAGCAAAUCCUUUAAUACUAUCUCACUGUUUUGGAAACAAGGUAUGAUCAUGCU